AUGCCAGGACCCAAGGGUUCCGACCUCGUGGAAUUGAGGCCAGCGCCCAUGGCACAGUUCGAGUCUCCCCCACCCCCGUUCCGAGAGCUCAAGCAGCCGAGACCCCUUCGUUUCAGCCCAUCGGACAUCCGAGUUGGAGCCUGCCAGGCGCCCCGCCAUCUGCGCACCCCGAAUCCCGCCCUGGGACCCGACACCGAGUCCCCUCCCAGGCCCCCCACCCUCUCCCAGGCACGCGGGGUGUCGGGUUCCUCUCGGGGCCGCUGGACCCCAGGAGGACAGGAAGGGCGAGGCCGGGGAGCCCGGAGCGAUCUGGCCAGCGAGACCCGGCGGCAACGCCUGGAUGCCUCCCUCCCUGUGGCUGCCAGCGGGUGCGCCCCGAGCCCCCUUCCCACCUCGUCCAGGCUGUUGGCCUUUAGAGAGGACUGGGACAUCGCCAAAGGCCCUGCCAACGUGGACCACGCGCCACACCAGGUCCUCGCGCGCAUCCACGCAUGUCACGGCCCCGCCCCCACGCGUCACCGCUCGGCCUGCAGCGUCACCGGCGCCUCCUCGGCCGCCGAUCAGCGCUUUGAAGGGAACCGGGAAAGCGCGUCCCUGCGGGCCGCGAUCCCUACCUGCUUCUUCCGAACAUCGCCCCCGGGGCUGCCCCCAGAGCGGUCGGGCGCUCGGCGGCGUCCCCCGCGUUCGGGCGCCAUGUGGGCGCUCCCGGGGGCCGCUCGGUUCUCUUGUCCCCCCAACUUCACAGCGAUGUCCCCGGACCCCGAGACCCCCCGGUUCUCCUUGGAGACGCUGGCGGGCCCGGACGUGGAGGUGUGGCUUAUCCAGGCCCCGGCCGACUUCGCCCCGCUCUGCCUCAAUGGGCGCCUGGUGCCUCUCUCGGGCUCCGGGACGGUCAAAGGCAAGCUGGCGGGCAAGCGACACCGCUACCAGGUCCGCAGCAGCUCCGGACCCGGUGCCGGCGAGGCAACCCUGCUGGCCCGGUCAGCUGAGGCCGACAGCGGACUCACCUGCGCCCCGGCGCCCCUGGGCUGCCUCAGGAUAUUUGAGGCACCCCAAGAAUCCCCGUCAGGGACCCCACUGCAGCCGAUCCCAGCUUGCCCCCCACCACGCAUCCCUCCGGGCCUGAGGCCGCGGUUCUGUGCCUUUGGAGGCAACCCACCCAUCCCAGGGCCUGCCCUGGUCCAGAAGAAGAAACGCAAGAAGCGGAUGCCCGAGGCUGUUAAUGGGCACAUGGCCACAGCUUUGGGGUGUCCGGGAAUGACCAGCAGCGAGCCCAAGGCCAUGGAGCACGUGGUGGAGGCGCAGUUGGAGACACUCCCCACUAGCACCAAGCGGAGGAAGAAGAAGCUUCCAGGGGGAGAGGGGGCUGGGCCUGAAGUGGGGAGUCCAGAAGCAGAAGACAGGGGGUCGGGAUUGGAUCCUGCACUUCUGGCCCCGCCUCCAGAAGAGCCGGACCUGUGUUCCCCCAGUAAGAAGAGAAAGAGAGAGACCCAACAGGUGCAGCUGCCAGAGGGGGCCGGAAAUGAUGCUUUGCCGCAGGUGAAGGAGCAGCAGGAAGAACCCAUCCCACUGACCCCCAAGAAGAGGAAGAAAAAGGAGAAGAGACAGAAUGUGACACUGGAACCAGACCCCGGGGCCGUGCAGUCAGAAACGGGGUUCCCAGAGCUCGGCGGGGACAUGAUGGAGCCCGCCUCACCAGGGGCAGCUGGGCCUUGCAUGGACGCAGCUCUGAUGUCCACCAAGAAAAAGAAGAAAAAGAAGUGGCUAGGGCCAGGGGCAGCAGACCUGGGGACCCCAGGUCCUGCGGAGCCACCGUCAGCUCCGGUGACCCCCGAGAAGGCAGAGCAGAGCCAGCAGGAGGCAACCGAGCUGGGAACAGAGCCUGGGCUGGAGGGCAGCGCGUCCAAGAAGAAGAAGAAGAAAAAGAAGCAGGGUGAGGAGAGCGGGGCCCUGGGGCCGGAGCACCCAGAGGAAACGUCAGAGCCGGUGAUGCCACCCACACAUGCACCGAAGAGGAAGAGGAAGCUGGAGCCUGUGUAG